AUGUCGCAUUCAUUCGGCCCCGAACAUCCCUUCAAGGCUGCCACAACAGCCGAAAAGAUUUUCGGCUGCAUAAUUGGCUCAGCCCUAGGGGAUACGAUCGGUCUCUACACCGAGUUCUUGUCCGAGUCCAGAUGUGAAAUAGCAUAUCCUACCCGAGAGUUCACCCUCUUGGAACCACGGACGGAGCCAGGCCUUCCUGCGCUUGAUCGCCCUGCCUUCGACAUUGGCGUCAAUGUUGGAGCUGUUUCAGGAAGCAAACAAUUCCUGCAGGACCCUUUUAAGUGCGCUACCGGCCGAUGGAUCAAGGGGGGUCGCGUAGCAGCGCCGAAUGGAAGCCUCAUGCGCACGCAUCCUGUCGGUGUCAUUGGGGUCAAUUUGACUGAAGAGCAGACAUGGCGUCUCAGCGUCGACGUAGGGCGGACGAUGCAUGUGGAUCCUAGAUGUGUUGUGGCAUGCUGCAUCUCUGUUGGUUUGAUACGUCAGUUGUUGUGCGGCCAGACCCAGACCGAGCAAGAUAUGGACGCGGCGGUUGAGCGCGCAUAUAAGUGGGUGCGAAAGCAGUACGACAUCAUGAACCCGGAUCCGUCUGCUGGUUUGACUGAGAGCCAGAUCAGAAAGCACUUGGACCGUCAAGAGUUCGCGAUGCACGUGUAUGCACAAACACUAGAAACAUUGCAGCUGGACGAUCAGAUGAAGAUGGGCUACGUAUACAAGUGCCUCGGAUCAGUCAUACUAGCACUUCGACUCGUAAUAAGACGUAUCUUAAGGAUAUCUAUAGCUGUAGGUAUGAUAGAAGAGGCCGAACUUUUCGAAAAUUCCAUCGUUCAACUCAUCAUGGAGGGUGACGACGCUGACACCAACGGAGCGGCUACUGGUGCGCUUCUUGGUGCAUAUCUCGGAUAUGCAAACUCACCAUUGCAUUGGAGAUCAGGCUUGGCGCACAAACAGAGGCUGAUGACCAAGGUUGAGCGACUGACCGUUGCGGCAGGGGUCGGUCAUGGAACGUUGCUGAGCGAGAGGGACGAGGCACCUGACGGCCGCAAGAAGCUUCAAAAGAAGCGUAUCUGACCGAUAGCAUCUAGUCGACAGGGAGAAGCACUUUGAAGUGCUCGUUGUGUCGCAUUGAAAUCUCGCGUU